AACUCACAAGAAAUAAGCUGUUUCUCGAAGUCAUCGACUGAUGAUGUGCUGUUGACCACCAGAAAACAUCAUGCGGUCAUCUAUUAUAAGUUUACCUUUCGUCGCUCUCUACCUGAUACACGCAUGGCUAUUCACUUUCGACGUGCUUCUGUUGUCGCGGCGAAGGGCGCGCACCCCCGUUGCCGUGGGCACAUUGUGUGUGCUUUUUGGGACACUUAUCUAUGUUAUAGUUACCUGCGGAAACUUACCUCAGCUUGAGAUGAGACUACCCGAUUUCGACUUCCACAACCUUUAUUUCCCUGGGCGACGUUCUGCCGGGAAACAACCUUAUGUACCAUGGGAACCCGCCUCGGGAAACUUUGGAACAGCUUCUUGUGUUUCUGAGGGCAAUAAUAUAUAUCCCGAUGGUCAACAAGCCAACCAACAACGACAGAAAGAUAUGUGCUUUCUUCCGAAGAAAACGAUCGCUCCUGGCAUUUCACACCACAUUCUUGAAAGUCAACAAGAAUUGGGUACGAGUCAAGAACGACAAUUGGACACCUCGGGAAAUCCUCAGCAGCAGCUAAAUGCUGCUGAAAAUUGUCAAGAUAGCGGUCAAAUUAAUUUCAGUGGUUUCUCGGUACCGCCUGUCCUACCAUGCGCCCAAUGCCCAGAUAAUCGGGAUUGGUUUUUGGAGCAGUUAGCACGUCUGUCUCGACGAGUCGAUCAUCUGCAGGCGCAGGUGGACAAAUGCGACUGUGGCUCUCUGAAGGUCGGCCAGGUUGGACCGGAACUUGACGCUGCAAUACGUCGAGCUCUGAUGCUGUACGAUGCUGAUAAAACCGGCAUGGCCGAUUAUGCAUUAGAGAGUGCGGGGGGCUCAGUGUUGUCCACUCGAUGCACGGAAACCUAUGACAUGUCGAUGGGUCGUUACUAUCUGUUUGGGUUUAUUCCGCUAUUCUGGCAUAGACCGUCGCCGCGCUUGGCAAUCCAACCUACCCUCUCUGUAGGACAAUGCUGGCCAUUUAAAGGGAGCAUCGGUUAUUUGGUUGUUCGGUUGUCUCGACGUGUUGUGGUGGAUGCCUUUGCAUUGGAACACAUCCCGGCAUCACUUGCACCUGCUGGAAAUAUUGACUCUAGUCCGAAUCAUUUCGAGGUAUUUGGGCUGGAGAACGAGGACGACACCGUAGGUGUUUUUUUGGGCAGCUACAGUUAUACGACAACGGGAGAACCACUCCAACAUUUCAAGGUUCAGGCGGAUGUUGGUGACCGAUCGUUUGACACAGUUGAACUGAAAAUCCUCACGAAUCACGGCAAUUUACAUUACACUUGCCUUUACCGGUUUCGGGUACAUGGUAGACCUGUGCACGAUGAUGGCCUGUGGUAACCUAACAACUCUGUUCCCUGUAACUCAACGAGCUCUCAUAUGUGUGGGCAAUAGUUACAUCACAGGUGAUAGUCAGCGACGUCAUCCCGGUCACGUUAGGAUUGAUUCUGUCCUGAUUAUUGGACUAGCAAGACAUCAACUUAGUAUUGCAGUUAAAUGCUAAGAUUUUCCCUAAUAUAUUGAGACAUAAUGAGUCUACACAAUAUUUUGCUCACGAUUACGGUGUAAACUUGAAUCGAAUUCGCUAGACCUCGCUGCGCUAAUGCUCGUAAUAAUUGUUUACUCAAUGGCAUAUAUAUUGCGUACGGAAAUGGUCUCACAGAAAUUUGCGCGUCAACAUAUUACCUUAGGUAUUAACAGCAAGUUAUGAGUACGUACGUUAUUGAUGCUGUCUCGGUGCUAUUGGAAGUUAUUUGGUAUACAUGACAUUUGAACAGUGUAAAAUUCUGUCUCAAUUCAUUGCUUUUUUUUGAGUGUGUUCAAUCAUCAUGUCGUUUCAUAAAAAAGUUUUUUUUUCAAGUUCUAUUUCGGCUAUGAUAUUACAAACCAAGGAGCCGAUUAAGCUUACGUAAGCACUAGCUAGUGUGUUAAGUUUACAAGUGAAUAACAUUGCAACAUUUAAAUCUAAUUCAGUUUGUUUCCCUAAACAUUUACAUAAACAUUUGCAUGGAAAAAUAUAAGAUAACACGGUAUGUAGCAAGGCUCUAGUUUGUGUGUUUAAAAUAAGAUAAUAAGCCGUUUAGGUCAUAAAUGUGCUCAAAUAGAUACUAAUUUCAAAAUUUACUCUGCAAGGAUCUAGAAAAUGCUUUGGUAAUUUUUUGGGCUUACUGUCGUAGGAACUUCGGUUAGCGCAAGAAGGAACUAACUGUAGAAAUAUCUAUGGUUUUCUAUACCCCUUGCAGAUUUGAUCUUAAAAUCGUUAGACUAAAAAUCAGUCCAGAAUUGUAACGUAUCGCAUAAAAAAAACUAUGAUUUCGCUCUAAAGUAUCUUUACAGUUGAGGUUUUCUCUUUUUAAGGCAACGCUUGUUGCGAUUAUUGUUAGUGCAAGCGUACCAAAUCAAAUAAUCUCUAUACUAGUUAUACUAAACAGACAUUUAGCGACGAGCAUAGACGAAGUGACUUUAGGUCAUUUUCUUUGCUGCCGUAGAGCCAUUCCGCUGUCGUUUAUGUCGGCUAUCUAUAUAUAGAUAUAUAAAUAUAGAUCUAUAUAUAUCUAAUAGAGUCUAACCAACUGCAAUGUGAGAAUGUCUAACUCAACGGUUAGUGUACGAUUUCUGAAAGGUCAAGCGUACAACUCAGUUAAUCUAAUUUAAGGUCUAUUCUAUACAAAGAUGGUUCUACAGUUUGAGAUAGUUGAAUAGGCAUAAACUAUCAUAUUGCAGAAAGAUAAUGCAGGCUUCAUGUUAUCAUACAUAUGCAGUCUGGAUUGUUCCAACAGGCAGACUUGAAUGAACUAGUACAAAUACCACAUUAUUCAGUUGUAGAUCGGUAGAAUGAGUACUCGGCAGGUAAAAUUUGUAAAGGACCGUGAUAUUGCCGCAGUAUUUAAUUGGUGAUUGAUCAGCCAAAAAACGAUUAUAUAGAUAUAUCUGAUAGAAAUUAUUUGUUACUGAACGUGUGUAUAUAGCCGCAACAUCCAUCGUACAUUUUUAAUUGUCAACACUAUAUUUAUAACACUUAUUUUAGGUUACCAAUAAAUACGAAUCUGAUAAUCUACAA